CAGAAGCAACGACCCUGCCCAAGUGGCCAAAGUGGCUGAAGUGCCCAUCACCAACAACCACCAACGCCAUCACGAGUACCACCAAUACUGCGGCAGCAUCAUCAGCUGAAUACGAGGAACACGGUAAUCGGUGAGCGGUUCUACGCCGUCGUACAAUGCUGUACGAGUGCUUGAUAGUAUGAAAAAAAUGGACUUUGUGAAAGCUGUAGUUGUAUGCCGUCUCCCGCCCACUAUACCGAGGUGUUUGAAUCCGAAUCAGCUCAGCUGGUUAGCCUGCUAAGUUUGUGCGUGUAUAGCGUGUGAAGGAAGUAGUAGCUAGUAAAGGAUUGAGAAAGCCGGUGUCACGCGUGCGAAGCAACAAGGACCGUACUAAGGUCCAAAAGAGAUCCGACAGGUUGCCUGUAGGGAAGUCAUUUCUACUUCUGAUCUGUGAUGAGUUUAUAAUCAAGUCUAUAGUACACUGAGGCAGACGAGUCGUUGUCGUUGGUGGCAUACUGGUGACAGCGCCAACGGGAAAUUUGCCUUGUUAUUAUUGUAAUUUUCGACGUUGUUGUUUUUAUUUUCUCUGAGUUAAUCAGAUUGUCAUUGGUCACUCUUCGUUUGGUUAUUGCCUUCGGCGGAUAUUGGAUGCUAUCAACACGAGUAGAAGAUACGACGGACGGACGGACGGACGGGCGGGCGGAUUAACUUACUCUACUUCCUUUUAAUCAAAGCCUGUACGGGAUUUACAUGUAGAGUGAACGUGGAUGACAAUCGUGAGGGAUACUGUUAUGUACUGAGUGACUGGGAGAUACUAGGAUCGUGUUCUCAGCAGCGCGAUCUGAGGCUGUACUAUACAGCUGUGCACAAGUGAAUGUAGCGGGAGACGUGGUGAGGUGAGGCUUGACAAAAAUCGAUGGAGAAUGAACAGGCGAAACGAAUAACCUAAACAGACUUUACAGUGGUGAACACACGAUAUUACUCUACGACAGUAAACAGACGUAAUCAGAAGCUCCCUGCCAAAGUGUCUUGGCCACCAUGGCCGGUCCGGAUCUCAAAUGUCUCCGAUGUAGGACGACGGUCUACCCCGUGGACAAAGUUGGUCCCCUCAAAGACUUUACCUUUUUCCACCAAGGUUGUUUCAAAUGCAAAAUAUGUGGGACAAAGCUGACCCUCAAGACCUAUUUUAACAAUCUACAGAAUCAGGAUGAUCAAGAGGUUUACUGUCAGAACCACGCGCCGAAACAGGGUCCAGGCACUCUCGACGGCACUGCUGUGGGCAUCAAAGCAGCAAUGUCCGUUCCGAAAACGCAUAACCUGAUUAACGAGCAGAUCCGGGGCCUCGGCCACUCUGGCACUCUCGAUCCCACAGAUUCGUUUAAACGCGGAGGAAAUGGGCACAUAGGUGAUUUUAAACAUGGCGUCAAAAAUCAUGGUCGGUUCGACGCUUCGGCGUUACACAUCACGCACGCACUACAAGCCGCGCGUCUUGCUUCCUCCAAAUACUACAACGAGAAUGCACGCCAUCUAGGAGUCAGUGUGGAUGCGGAAACGCAGCGAACACUAGAGAUGCGGCAUCGCAUGGAAGAGGACGACCUUUACCGGCAAUUCGCAAAGAAACGUGUAGAAGAAGAAAACGUUAUCCAGCAUCAGAUUAGGGAAGAAUGGGAGAAAGAAUUGGAAAAGUUGACAUCUCGUUACCAUCAAGAGAUUCGACGAAAACGGAAUAAUUUCACCGUAACCCCAGACGAGGAACGGGCAAUGACAAUGCGCCACCAAAAAGAUAAGGACGAUCUGGAAAAGAACAUGACCGUUAAACUCGAUAGGAGGAAGGAGGCCCUUACUCAGCGCCUGAUCGAGGCGGAACGUGCGGCCACGGCUGACCUCGUCGAGAAGCAUGCUGAAGAAAUGCUUAAUCUGAUCAAUGAAAAGCGUGAAGAGAUUGUGAAGCGCGAUGGCGAGGCACACAAUUCGACAUAUCCCCUACAUCCACCGUCGCCGAGUCACGCGUCCAUCUCGAAGCUAGAUAUUUACGUGGAUCCAUCGGUGUUCCGAGAACUUGACCAGCAAGCGAUCAACGUCGCCCAGGCUGAUCAGAGAACGUUUACUGAUCUGGUCCGACAGCUGACGUACAACUGCGAAACAGAUGUGGAGAAGGCCAGAGCCAUAUUCCGAUGGAUUACGGUGAAGAAUUUGAAUCAGAUGACAUUUGAUGAUUCGGUUAAUGCGGAUACCCCGAUGGGUAUCCUUCGAGGCAUAAAACACGGAACAGAAAGUUACCAUGUUCUUUUCAAGAGGCUCUGUAGCUACGCCGGCCUGCACUGUGUCGUGAUUAAGGGGUACUCGAAGAGUGCGGGCUAUCUCCCAGGAAUCAGGUUCGAUGACAGUCGCUUCCGUAACUCGUGGAAUGCCGUUUAUGUGGCUGGAGCAUGGCGUUUCGUGCAGUGUAAUUGGGGUGCUCGACAUCUUGUUAACGCCAAAGAGGUGCCGAGAAAUGGUUCCCGAAGUGAAUCGGACAAGCUUCGUUACGAGUACGACGACCAUUAUUUCUUGACUGAUGCUCGCGAAUUUGUGUAUGAAUUCUUCCCACAAAGUUCCGAAUGGCAGCUGUUGAAACGACCCAUCACAUUGCGCGACUUCGAAGAGCUACCAUUUGUUCGAUCACUUUUUUUCAGAUACGGACUGUACUUUCCGGAUCCAGAGACCAAGGCAACCCUCUACACCGAUCACACCGGGGGAGCUACAAUACGCGUGGCCAUGCCCCACGAACCCCGACACUCGUUAAUCUUCCACUACGCUCUGAAGUAUCUGGAUAGUUACAGCGAUCAGACGAUGGACGCCUUCGACGGGGUGUCACUCAAACGAUUCGUGAUGCAAUCUGUCGUUGAUAAUGUCGUCGCUUUUAGGGUACACGCGCCUUGCAGUGGAACUUUUCUUCUGGACAUUUUCGCAAACUCGGUGUCUCCCGAAGAGUACCUCACUGGGGAACCAAUGAAGUUCAAGAGUGUCACGAAGUUCCGUAUUGUCUGCGAAGACCUCCAAACAGUCAUGGUGCCCUUACCGGAGUGUGCCGGCGGGGAAUGGGGUCCAGAAAAGGCCUUGCGGCUUUUCGGCCUCGAUGCUAUCAGCCAUGAGGACGCUCUCAUCUUUUCAGGCCGAGAGCUGCAGAUACAGUUCCGUAUGACUCGACCUUUAUCCGAUUUUCUCGCUGCACUGCACAUGAACGGUUGUGACGAAAAGAAGCUCUCCAAGUUCGUAUCGCACUCAGCUAGUGGCGAUCUAGUAACAUUCUUCUUGAGCUUCCCUGAAGACGGCCAGUACGGCCUGGACAUCUACACUAGGGAUCCGAACGAGCCGCAUUCGAACGGCCAUUUUGAUUCUCGGAAUAAGGACAAGCAGUUAUUAACUCACUGUUGCAAAUAUCUUAUCAAUGUUAGUAGAUGCUAAGUGGCAAAAACCGAUAGCAUGUAACCGCUCUGUCUCUGAACCGUGCUCUGUACGACAUUUUUUCAUCUAAUAUCGAACAGCUACGAAAUGUUCCAGGGCUAGCGAGUUUUCGGGACAAAGUCGACGAAGAUGUCACGCACCGAAGUCUACCCAUCAUCUCGUUUCGUGUGAAGGUCGAGAAGAUUACAAGCGUCUAGCAUGGCUGUUGACACUGGUUUUAGUCGAUUCAUGCGUUUUACCCUUGCUUGCUUAUCUGCAUAGCCCACUUGAAGAACGGAAAUAGUCCAAUAUCUAUAGUUUUUUUUCAGUUCUUGAAUUUAUAGAAAUCGUAAAUAUCGAAUAAACGUAUUAUGCAACUUUGUUAACAAUGAACUCCUCAGACUCCGUUAGUAUCUAUAAUGCAUAACUGAUCUAAAUAGUGAAAUAUACCUAGUUUCGGACCUGUGUAGGUUAGGCUUUGUAUAUACCGCACAAGUAGACCGCCAUCACAGCAGAUAACAACCUUUCCUUAACAAGGGUCCUAAUAGAUAAGGUUAAAUCAAGUCAAGAUAUUUUGCCCCAUAACACGGUCAACUAUAUAACGUAUAUAUAGAUAUUAACACACUAUAUUCAAGCCUCGUAAUAACGCUUUGUUGGUAUGUUCAAUUACUAGAUGAUACAUAACUUAGCCAAGAGUCAAAAAUUGCUUUUCGCACAAACAUAGCCGUUAAGAAACGCCCGUGUCCGACCAUAUUAGCUCACGAACUGAUCGUUUACACACACUAGCAGCGCUGUUACUAUUGACAUCAAUGUUGAUUUUUUUUUUUGUCGAAUUCUAUAAAUUCCUAAUUUAUUGAUGAUAGAAACAACAUCGCCGGGCUAAAGCUAUGUUAUUUGUAAUAUAUACUCAGAGUCGCUCGAAGUGUAGCCUCUUGGCUAUACGUGCUUACGAGCAAAGACCUCUGUAUAAAGUGACGAUAUGGAUUUAGCGGAAUUGAAACCAGUGAGCUAACAACGUUUCGACGGUGCGCAACGUCAGAACGGACGAAAUUCAAGGGGCCUAUAAAUUUACAGAACAGUACGGGGUCACUUUCAUGUAAAAGCUAUCUUCUGUAUCUAUUUGUCUGCAAUAUAUAUACAUAUAUGUAAUAAUAAGAGACAUGAGGAGUAUAACUGUCAACUGUUUAUACUAAUAAACAUAAUGAAGAAACAUAUUAUUCGAAUUCAUAUAUAUAUAUAUACACCUAUAUAUACGCGGGAUGUUCUCGCAAGCUCGUCGCAGGCCAUGUAUUCUGAGGCAAGAUUACUGUUAAACGUAUCCAUAAGCUCACUUUCUUGAGAAUGUUUUUUUUUUUUUAUCUACUUCGAUUACAAAGCCAUUACCCCAGUUGUGGUCCAAUAAUAGACCUAAAUCAAUGUGUGCGUACAACAACUAACCUCUCUGUUUCCGCUAAUCCUAAUAGAAACCCGCGUCAAGAAAACGCAAACGAGUUAUAUUACACAAAUAUAUAACACAAAAGCGAUGCGUUUUAAGGCAUGAGUUGGCGAGUGCACCAUAUACGAUACUCUGAUCGCGGUAGAAGACCAUAUAUGUCAUGUGGGGAAAACGACGUGAUAUGGGAAAGACAGUGCGAAACAACGCACAAGUGCUUCCCCAUAUACACAUGCAAAAUAUGCUCUGCUCGCUUGUAUGGCAACGCGCUCUGCCGUAGCAAACAUCUUAAUAUGUGGGUCAACGUCGUAAAACGCAAAUGGAAUAUAUAUAAAAAUCAUCUGGUUGCACUAUGACCAUGUUGUACCUUCUGAGCUUACACACACAUGACCUCGACGAGUAGGGCUACACAGGCAAUGCGAGGCCGUAGGUGAUUUUAUAAUUUGAAGUAAUAAAAAAAAUGGAGUGUGUUCGAGGAAGCACGAAAGUCUGUCAAAAUCCGUAUUAUACAAACCGUACGAUACGUCGCGAAGACUCGUGUACACGGACGAUGAAUAGCGAUGAUGCAAUGAUAAGUAAAGAUCAAAUGGUACUAAUAAAAAUGUCGACAGUUAUUU